CGAGACCAUCUUACAAUUAGCCGAAGAAAACUUGAGCCUUUUAGAGGCCAGCUCUUCGCAAAGCACUCGGCUCCUCCUCGACGGCGUGACGCCAGUCAAACAGAUACACCGACACCGCACGCAACCGCAUCGCCACCUCUUGACUACACGAUCCGGUCGAUGCUUGAUUCUACAAGCAUUGCGACGCAUAUUCUCUUAAUAAUUAAUAUCACUGCGAAAAAACACCGGUGAUUCGCAAUUCUGCGGCCCCAAAUCCAAACGCGACUCUACAGCCACCACAGCUACCACCACAGUAAGUGAAUAUAAAGGAAGAAGCUAUAACAAAAUGAAAGCCCUAACAGAAGAAGCGGAAAAGACUGGAAUCGAAUCGGGGAAGACGGAUUUAGCACCCGUAGGGAAAAAUACGACGAAGAAGAAAGUGAAGAUUGUAAAGAAGAUCGUGAAGAAAAAGAUUAUUAGAAAGGUACCAAAGCGUGUGCUAGUUGCAUCAUCCCAUUGUAAUGACAAAGAAAAAGUUGCGAGUCCUAACCCUAAUGAUAAUUCUCCAAUGGAAGCUGAAGCAUUUGUACCGGUGGAAAUUGAAAAUCCUACUCUUGUUGUUAACGACUUAACAGAAAUUGAGGAUAUGAAGGAGUUUGAGGUUAGUAAUAAGGAUAAGGACGUUCGUUUGGUUGAAAACAAUGAUUGUUGCAGGGAUGAAAGCCAAACGAGUGAUUUGGUAUCUGCAUCCCUUUUGGGUGAUCAGAACCAAAUUGAAUUGCACGAUAGUGAGCAUACCAUCAACAACAUGGAUGCAGAAGAACAUGUAGGUGAGGAGGGUGUGAAGGAGCAGGAUGAGAAGGUUUUCGAAAUGGAUGUUGGUGUAAGUGAAGACACAAAGGUAGAGGAAAAUGUGAAGGCGCACACAGAGAGGAGUGAAUGUGGUGAUGCUAAUGCUAACCUUGCAGGUGGUUUAAAUAAUGGUGUCAAGGGAGAAGAGGACAUGGAUAAGCAGGUUGACAAUAGAGAACAUAUUGAUUUGAAACUGAGUGAUGCGGUUGAGCCUGAGGAGGGAUUGAAGGAGGUAGCGAAUAAUGAAGCUGAUGGUUUAAAAUCACAAGGUUCAAGUGAGAAACAAGUAAUGAGUGGAGAAAUGGUAGCAUCCAGGUCGAAUAUGAAGCACAGGACAAAGGUUUUUAUCCAUGGUUUUGACAAGGAGACAAAGGAGGAAGAUAUUAGAAAAGUUUUUGAGGAGGUUGGUGAGGUUGUUGAAGUGAGGUUAAUAACAAAUUUUAGAUCAGGGAAAAGCAGGGGUUGUGGCUUUAUCAAGUAUGCUUCAGCAGACCUUGCCAAAUUGGCUCUGAACAAAUACAACAAUGUUGAGAUUCGUGGAAGACUAUGUCACACAGCUGCUGUUGAUGGGAGUGACACUAUCUUACUCAACAACAUCAACAAAACCUGGAACAAUGAACAUGUUCUGACAUUAUUACAAAAAAUUGGCAUCAAGAACAUCGAUGAAGUCUCAGUUGAAGUGAGGGGCCAUUUUGGAAAAUUUGGUGAAAUUGAAAGCAUUGCACUUGCGAAAAAUCUUCGGUCAGCUACCAGAAACGACUUUGUGUUUAUUAAUUACAAGAAAUGUGAAGGUGCUCUUUCGUGUAUCGAGGCGUUGACUUGCAAAAAGUCAACCAGUGAUGAUGGGUUAAAGGUUUCUCUUUCAAAGUCAAUGACAAAAGUCAAACCAAUGAAGACCAUCUCAGGAUCAGGGUCAACUGUUACCGAGGUGAAGCAAAAAACUUACCUCAGGCCACACAAGAAACCUCAAAACAUGAAAAUUCCAAGCAUUAGUAGACAUGAUGAGGAUGGUAGAAAAAAGGGAGAAUCUUCUUCAACUACUGAUGAACUUGUAAAGCUUUUGAGGGAGCAAGCAUCUUGGAAGCAUGGUGGACCAAGUUUGACUUUGACCCCAGGCAUAAACACUGGUCAUCAUCAUCAACAUCAUAAUUAUAAUCAUAAUCAACAUCAACCGUCAUUUGGAUUUGGAGGAAAGCAACCGUUUACACAACAAGUGGGAAGCAAAUCGUUAUAUCAUGAUCCCCAAUCAAUACCAUAUUCAUAUCACCAAACUCAUCUUCAAAUCCCUAAUGCUGCUGCUGCUACUACACAUCCCAGAUUUACAAGCAGACCAACAACAGAUGGUGUUGCCAUGCCCAUGACAUCGUUCCCUCGUAUUGAUCCACAACAUGCUCGUUACACAUCUGGAUCAUUUAAUGGGAACCCUGUUCCUACGUACUUCCAGACAAGAGACCAAACUACAUAUCAUGGAAGUAGUAGUGGCAGCAGCAUAUAUCGGCAAAUGCAUUAGUUGACUUGGUGGCUGCUAAGGUGUCUGCAGAAUCCCCAUUAGUUUUUUGGUGUUGGAAAUUAUAUUUAAGCCCUUUGUAAAUUCACCCCAACUGUAAAAAAAGUGUUUAUGAUGUUAUACUUAUAAAUCUGAUAAGUGGUUGUCAAGGUCUUGAAUCAUGGAAAUAAUUCAAUCUUUUUUUUUUUCAUAGUUAUUGUUGAUCUUAAAUUAAUUAAUUUUUAUAAACUAAUAUGUGUGAUAUUAGAUAAAUUUUAUCAAUUUU